GUUCUCGAAACAGCACUGAUGCCACUGUUCUCCUUCUUUCUUUUCUUUACCUUUCCCAUACAGUUAAAGUAUCAGCAGUAGAGGUCAACACACCAGAGGAGAUAUUUGUGGAGAAUGGGACAGACGCAAAGCUUCCAUGCACAUUCACAUCUGUGGAAGUGAUCAGCAGUGCAGCAUCUGUUUCUUGGAGUUUUCAACCAGAGGGAGCUGCAACUCGUAUCUCAUUUUUCUAUUACUCUAAUGGAAAGCCAUACCCUGGAAAGGACAUACCAUUUAAAGACAGAAUCACUUGGGCUGGAGAUCUUAACAAGAAAGAUGCUUCUAUCAGUAUAUCAAACAUGCAGUUCCGGGACAACGGCACUUACAUUUGCGAUGUCAAGAACCCACCUGACAUUGUUGUCAAACCAGGAGAAAUCCGAGUUAGAGUUGUGGAGAAAGGUAUUCACCCUAUAUGAUCUUUUUCCUUUCCUUUCCUUUUUUUUUUUUUUUCCCCUUCAGUGUCUGUAUCACUUUUCUUGGGGGUGGGGGAAUAGCCUGAAGGGAACAACUGUCUUUUUAAUUCUCUUCUUCCAGGUCCUAAUAAUCAAACUGAUGUUCGGUCAGCUGUUUUUAAAAAAACUGAAU